AUGACAGACAGCAACUCUCAUCCAACUCCAGAAACCCCGACUCUCAAACCCCCCUCCUCGCCAGAAACACUUCCACUCAACACCCGCCCACAGAGUCGCCAGUCCCAGUCCUCGAUAGAAAGCAGCUCAUCCCCUCAGUCUAAAACAACGCAUCCCGCGCCCCUUCACGGAUCUGGGGAUCAAUCUCACCUCUCCCAUGAACCGAUCACUCCGGAAUCCACCCAUUCUCCACCGACUCCCCAGAAACAGAGACGCCGUCACCAAAGACUCAAAAAAUCCGACCGAAUCCCCCUCCCUAUCAGCGCGCUCACGGAAUCCCCGGCCCGGCCACAUAUCCUCCACACACCCCAUCCGUCACCCGCAGGUCGAAGCCACUCAACCCCGCCUCCGCCCCUCUACUUAGAACCGGAACAUCAAUCCAAGCUCCAGCACAGCACGACAUUAACCUCUCUACCAACUCCAGCUCCUCACAACCACAGCGCACUCCGCUCUCACUACUCAGACACACGGAUCCCACCCCCGCUGACCCAUCCGCCUCUCAACCUCGCACUCCAGCCAUCCCCCCAACGUCCGUCAAGCACUCAGUCCCCGGAAAUCCCCCAUAACCGACCCCUGCUCUCCACGUCGAAUCGUCCCAGUCGGGGGUCCGCCGUCGGUACUCCCGCCUCCGCAGAUACCGGAUCCCCAACACACGCCUACAGAGUCCGGACCCCUACUCACUCGACUAGGUUGUCCCGAGACUCCCGCACGCACCGAGAACAUCCUUCUCAUGGCACCCCGCUCCCAAGGAUCCACAUCCCCCCCCCAACAUACCGCACACCAUACUCUCAACCAAUCUCUCCACCGUCCCGUCGCCGAAAGCUCCCUCUCUCCUCCCACUCCACAACAUCCCACAAUCCCGUCCCCCACCGUCCGCCCCCCCCCCGGAAACUGCAGGUCCCUCCCCCGCUCAACGCUCUCCGCUCCCCACUCCCCACACUCCCGCAUACGUCGCUCCUCCACAAUGCACGACUCCCCGCAGAACCGACCAGCACCUACACUCCACACAACUUCGCUACGACCCCAAGCCCCCAGAAGCAGACGUCUUCACAUCACCCACCGGACACUCAACCCAUGGUCACCAACACAACCCAACUCCACACUCCCCCCCUCUAUCCAUCCAAACCGCUCUCCUCUCCACCUCCCCCGCGCUCUCCUCACACUCCCCCUGGCUCACCUUCAUCUCCUCCGGUCAUCAGAUUCCCCGCACUCCCACAAAAGGCCGGCAAAGGAGUUCAGCGUCUCCCUCUCCCCUCGGCAAUCCAAAUCCUCUUCAAGCACCGUAUACAUCCUUCUACAUCCCUCCUCAAUCCGGACUCUCCCCUCACCAUUCACACUCCGCCUCCACCCAAGCUCUCCCUCUCCAGGAUAGCCUUCCGACCCUCCAGCAGACCGCUCAAGCCUCCGCGCUCCUCUCUCCCAACCCCUCACAAGCCAACAGAUCCCCCUCUCCCAAAGCCAACUCCACAAGGCCGCCCCACACCUCAACCACCCGCUCUCCCUCUCCUGCAGCUCCCCUCCCGACAUCCCCACCCCCUUCUUCUCACCAUCUCCAGAACAGAUUCACUGCUCCCCGAUGUCUACCUCCCUCCCCGCUCUCAUCCCCGCUUCUCCACUCAGCCGCCACCUCCCCCGUCACAACAGCCCCCGACAGAGACCAUCCCGUGUCGGAAGACCUGUCCAAUAGAAGGAAAUCCACCAACCCCAAAUAUCAGAUCAGCACUCACCCUCAGAAGUAGUAACAACCGAGAACUGCACAUUCCCGCUCUCUCCCCGCUCCCUCCCCCCCCAAUCUACUCCCCAUCGAAGCUCAUCUCCAUCCACCCCCUCGAACUCCCCCAGACCCUAGAAUGCUCCCCCAAGCACAAAUCGUCCCAUAACCGCGACAAGAGAAUGAGUCCCGGCGACUGCUUAUAUAUAGGGCAUGUUGGCAUAAAUCUUUCCAGCAUAGUCACUGUAAAAUAUCCCAAAACUCAGGAGGAGACGGUCAUGGACGCGUCAAGAUGCUAUUUGCCGGCACUUACCCUAUCGAAUGAUACGACCCGGAUGUUAGCUCACACCACGGAGCACAACCGGUAUAACUAUUAUGAUGAUACUGCCCCUAUCAAUCAGGGUACAAACAAACUUAAGCAGAAGAUGAUCAAAAAAAAAAGCUUCCUGGAUCCACGUGAACACCUAAAAAUGGCAGGUUUCAAAUUCACCACAACCAUUCAAAGACCUGUGAUCAAAUGUGCACCCAACCGCCCGGCGUGCGCGUCGUCCCCUCCCCUAUACCUCCCGAACCACCCCGGCCCCGGCAGCUCCGACAAUUCACACAGAAGGGGUACCCAUCGGGUACCCCACGUGCACACGGAAGGCAGACUCAACCCAUUCACUCGACCCAAUGCCCCGCCCGCCCUCGGUUUAUAG